AUGGCGUUGCAAGCCGUGUACAAGCAAUUCCUGGCCGCGCCAAACUCCUCCGCGCUGGCCCAGAACGCGUCCCUGCACUACAUCACCACCCUCACCAGCUUCUACGGCCCGACAGACAUCAUCAAGCACCUCAGCUCCACCCGCAACCAGAUUAACAAGCACAAGGAGGAGCUCAUCAACGUCGUCGAGGGCCAAAACGCUCUCGCCGUCCAGGCAGAGCUGACACUCGAGUUCCAGGACACCGGUGGUCCUUACCUGCCCGGUCUUGACGACCAGUUCCUCUCCGAUCGCACUGUUCACCUGCCUGUUUUCCAUAUCGUGAAAUUCGACAGCGAUGGCCAGAUCACAACUAUUCAGCAGAGUUGGGACCAGGGAGCCCUCCUGAAGCAGCUGGAUGUCAUUGGCAAGACCGGCCGCAACUGGCCUAUCCGCGAUGGCCCGGAGCAGAUCAAGUUGAUCGCCAGAACAGCGGGCAAGCCUGCUGAGCCCACUGCAGCUGACCUCGCAACCCGCACCCGCACAAACUCCUCUGGUACUUUGCGCGACGCCCGACACAGAGAUGAGCCUGUGCCUGCGGUCGUGUCGCCUUAUGCUGGCACGCGGCCCCGCCAGCGAACCUUCGAAGAGAUUCUCGGCGACGAGCAUCACGAUUUCGAGGCCCCCGAUCGCGAGAAGUCCCCGAGCAAAGUCGUUGCCCCAAAGAUUGGCGCUGGCAAGAACUUCCAGCCAUCGCGCUUGUUUGACAAGCCCGAGGACGCCCCUCCCGAGCCAGACAGCCCCGAAGAUGGCAAGUCGCCAGAGCGUUUCAUGCGGCCACAUCCCAAGAAGUACAACCACUUUGACUUUGCUGAUGGGUCUGACCCUUCGGAUGCCCCGAAGGCUGGCAUUGCAAUGGACUCAGUCAAGGGCAAGCAUCGAAGCCAAUGGGACUUUGAAGACUUUGUCACCCCUCAGAAGGCCAAGCCGAGCAAGACGCUCCGUACUCAGGAGAUCAGGCAUUGGGGGACUGGUACCGACAAGGAUGAUAUUGUGGAAUCACCUGCCAAGGCUGCUGGAAAACCGCGACGCGACGCAGAGAAGCACUUUGAGAUGGAGGACGAUGGCAAUCCGCCAACCGAGCCGCGUGUGGCCCCCCGUCCCCGCGGCACGACGCACAAUAGCGGAUUGGGUCUGUACAAGAACCACAUGACCACCGACGACGGAUCGGACCCCGUCCAGUCGCCGGAACCACGUGCCUUGGGCAACAUUACCAACCUGAAGGACCGUUCCAAGACUUUUGCCGCCCACUUCGACAUGAACGAUAAUUCUCCCACGCAGGAAGGCACCAGAUUCACUGCACCUCACAAGGAGAACAACAAGCCAGUAAAGGAAAACGGUCCCGAACACCGCAUCAAGCUCGGAGGAGACGGGAUGGGCAACCCCAAGGGAGGCAGAGGCUGGUCGUUGGGAGACGAUUCCGACGAGGAGAGGCAGCCGGCUGCAAUCCCGGGCAGGAAGGGCGCUGCUCAGAAGGCGGCGAACAGCUUCUGGGACCACUAG